GGUCGGACAGCUUGAUCCUCAGAGGUCCUGCCAGUUGUAGGCGCUGUUCCAAGCAAAGCUGCAAAAACACAAAUCGAUUGUUUAUUUUGUGUUUGUUUACAUUUUCCAAACGAUCAAAUGGCUUCGACUCUGCUGUCGCCCAUGGUGGAUUAUUACAACGAUGAAGAGGAGCUGGACAGCGUGGAUGAAGACGACGAGCGGAGCUUCAGAGGGAGAGACUCAGAGGAAGACACAGAAGAUGCCAGUGAAACAGACAUUGCCAAGCACGACGAGGAGGACUAUGUUGAAAUCAAAGAGCAAAUGUACCAAGACAAACUGGCCUCUCUGAAAAGACAGCUGCAGCAAUUACAAGAAGGAACACUGCAGGAGUAUCAGAAGAGGAUGAAGAAGCUGGACCAGCAGUACAAAGAGAGACUCCGAAAUGCAGAUCUGUUUCUCCAGCUUGAGACAGAGCAGGUGGAGAGGAACUACAUUAAGGAGAAGAAGGCAGCUGUGAAGGAGUUUGACGAUAAAAAGGUUGAACUGAAGGAAAACCUAAUUGCAGAGUUGGAGGAGAAGAAGAAGAUGAUCGAGAACGAAAAAUUAACAAUGGAGCUGACAGGCGACUCAAUGGAGGUAAAACCUAUCAUGACUAGGAAGCUGAGGAGACGACCCAAUGAUCCGGUCCCAAUACCAGACAAACGGAGAAAACCUGCACCAGCUCAGCUAAAUUAUUUGCUAACAGACGAACAGAUAAUGGAAGAUCUAAGAACACUUAAUAAGCUUAAGUCACCAAAACGGCCAGUGUCUCCCUCGACUCCAGAGCACGUCCCCUCGGCUCCCAUGGAGAGCCCCUCCCAGCGCUACGAGGCCCGCAUCGAGGAGGGGAAACUUUACUACGACAAAAGAUGGUACCACAAGAGCCAGGCCAUCUAUCUGGAGUCAAAGGACAACACAAAGAUUAGCUGUGUCAUCAGCUCAGUGGGGACCAACGAGAUCUGGGUGAGGAAGACGAGUGACAGUACGAAGAUGAGGAUCUACCUUGGACAGCUGCAGAGAGGAGCGUUUGUCAUCCGUCGACGGUCGGCUGCGUGAAACAUUACCCCGCCCCUCCCCAACCAAACCCCCAUCUGUUCAUUUAUUCAUCCAUCCACCGGCUCGUUCAUCCACCGUUUCCUUAUUUGGUGCAUCUCAGUUGAGUUUGACAUGUGUCCUGUUAUUCUUCAUCUUCCACACUACCCUCCCAUACACACACACACACACACACACACACACACACACACACACAGUCUUCCAUGUCCAUGAGUAUCUCAUUAGAUUGUAUCUGUUUUCCUACAUAAACCAAAUAAAAGUACAGUUAAAGUGGUCAGACACACAACUGACUGUUUUCCAGCAUUAUUUGUCACUAUGUGGCAUGUGUGUGAAGGCAGUUUAAAGGUCACUACUUUUAUUUUUGUCUCAUGCCGUCAAGACAUCUUUUCGACACGGUGCGGCCUCAUUUACAUUCAUCAUUAAGUUAUUUUUCUGGAACAGCCUCACGUUGACACAGAAACUGUUCCACUGGUGACGCGUCAUGAAGCAAGCACUGAAUACAGAUGAGUUAAUCGCUUCAGGUUUGGUUGAUUAUCAUGAAUCACACGACUGAAGGAGUUACAGUAACCAGAAGUCAUGCCAUUCUCAAAAACAACAAAAUGCCUUUUGCACUGUCAUCAAGAAAUGGUUGCUGCUUGCUAUGCCGUUGGUUUUGUCCUAAUAUGUUAAAAAGUCCUAUGUAUUAAACCCUAAAUUUCUUAUUUGGAAAAAAAACUGUAUUUUGAGGUUUUUAUGUUCAGAUUCUUUUGGCGUUUUAUGUGACCCUCUCCAUAUGUGAACGAUCUGGAUUAGUUCAGCUGUAUUUGCAUGUGGACUUGACCUUUGAUUUGUACUGUGUUCCAUUUUAUUAAAAUGUUUUUUUGCAUUUUA